UGUUGGAGCAUGUUGCAGAUGGCAAUGGAUAAAUGCCUGGCCCUGCUGGUGCUGUUGGCCCUGUGCGCCAGCCUAGAGACAGCCCCGCCACCUUCGCCAUCCGAAGCUAACCGGGAGCAGCUGGUGCGAGUAUACGAGAUCAAUCAAGAGCAAUAUGAGCGCAUGCUGCAGCUGACCAAGGGCAGGAAGGUGAUAUCGGAGGCCAGGCUGAUCAACGGAGGCUUUGCCACCGUCAGCGAGUCGUUCAGCGAGACCAUCAGCUCCGGCUGGCACUCUCUCCUUCGGAUCGUGGGUCUCACCACAGUCAGCAAGGCUGACGAGGCUGAGAAGGUGGACUUUGAAAGUCAGCCCCUGUGCGUGAUCAAGACCCGAGAGGACGAGCCUGUGGGUAGGAACGAGGAGGUGGCCUCCGCUCGCAGUUCGGGCAAGGGCAUUGAGGCCGAUGAUGAAGAUUCCGCCAUUCACUGUAUCGUGGUGCUGAAGAAGGAGCCUGAUCAAGAGUUGCUUAGCCAAGAUCCUCAUCCAAACUACUCCCAAUAUUGGGCGACACAACCUGUGGAAGAUUCCGCUGCGGUCAAGCAGCCUGAACAGAUGAAGGAUGAACAGGAGGAAGUGGAAAAGGAGGAGGUUGAGCUCACCACUGCAGCCCCAUUGAAAAGGCAGAAAAUGAACAAGAGCACUUAUCCCAAGUCAGCCAGCUUGGAUGAGGACUCUGACGGUUCACGCCAAUAUAGUGGUUAUCCACUGCAGCCUCAGUUUGGGGCGCCCUAUCCCCCUUCCUCUGCCUAUGGUGGCUAUCCCUACAGUCCCUAUCCUAGCCAACAGCCCUUUGGUCCUCAAGCUCUAUAUGGACAAAGUCCCUAUGGAUCACUGCCACCCUACGGGCCACCAUACCCUCCCCAACCGCAAUUUCCGCCGCAACAGCCCUAUGUCAAUCCCUAUGGUCCACAGCCUCAAGGGUAUCCCUAUGGCUAUGGUUUUCCCUACCUAGAUCAGUCCCAGUUGGCUCAAGCGGCUGCUAUUAAGGAAGCGGAGAAACCCCAACAAGCCGAGGAGGAGGAUGAUGAAGAUGAGGACUCCUACGAGGAAGAAGAUGACUAUAAGAAGCGUUAUUAUCCCUACUAUAGUGAACCUUAUAAUUACAGACAAUAA